AUGCCAAGCAAUCAUAGCUCUUUAUUUUGGGACAAGUGUUCCAUGUAUUUCACUCUCAAGAAUUUAUUUAAAUUACCCACAGCUGUCAGUAAUCAAACAACAGCAGCCAUCGAUGGUCAACAUGAUACCAUGUCCUCGCCUCACAAUCAUCAUCUCGAAUCAUCCACGAGCAACAGCAACAACCGAAAAUCUCGUACCCUUCAAGAUUUUACCUUCCCAAAAACUCUUCAAGAACAAGAACAACAACAAAAUGUGACAACACCCGAAAAACGAAAAUCUUGGUUCAAACGAAAAUCUCCAUCAUCUCCGAGUGUAUCAUCGGCUAGCAAUGUCCACACACCUCCUUCUGGAUCGUCGUCUUCAACUCAUUCCAAGUCGCUCAUUCAUACGAGACAAAAUCCAAAUUUUAACAACUCGUCGUCGCCACUCAGACGAACAGAACCAGCCACAGAAAUUGAGAAUAAGAGACGAUCUAUUUUUGGGAAGUUAUUGUGGAAUAAUGGAUCUUCAUCGUCGAAUUCGACAAGCACAUCAUCGACGAGGAGAAGUGUUUCAUCUCCGGAAUCGCUUAAUAUUUCUGUAAAUUCUGUGACAAGUUCGAAUUCAAGGACAUCGAAAUCGAGUCAGCUUACCAUGUCACCUUCUGUUAAAAAGAACAAAAAAGCUAAAUUCUUAAUUCUAAUAUUUAUUCGAGGAAGUUGGUGUGAAGAAUGUGUCAAUUAUUUACAACAACUUGAUAAGAUUGUCUAUGAGAAAGUCACUCAAGAAUUUGGAGGAAAUAUUGCUGCAGUUGUCUCUCAAACAUCUCAACAAGCUAGUGAUCUUAAAAAACAACUCAACCUAAGAUUUGAAGUCGUGAGUGAUGAAAGGAUGAUUUUAGCAGAAAAAUAUGGAAUGAAUUGCAUUUUGAAAGGUUCCAUUGUUUAUAAAAAGAUGGAAGCCAUGUAUAAAACUAGGUACAUGACAAAAACUGGAGGAAAUAUUUCAGAUUACAUGUUGGAAAUUAUAGAUUUUAUUGACAAGCAUCAAAAAAGUGAUGUCAAGAAAAGUAAUACAUCUGAGAAUCGACCAUCCAUGAUGGGAUUGAAUUCGACAGAAAAGAACGCCACUGUUGCUUCUGAUUUAAAUGAUGUCACACUUGUCAUUAGCGAUGACGAUGAAGAAGAUAGUAGGUCUAAUAGCAAUGGAAGAAGAGGAUCACAUCGUCAUCGUAAACCCACAACACCCACUCGAAAUAUUGCAAUUGAUGAACAGAUAGUUGUUGACUUUUUUGAAUCGAAAUGGCAAGAAUUAUUUAAUGUGGAUAACAAAUUUAACACUGGUUUCACACAACCAGGUGCAUUAAUUCUCAAUCGAAAGAAGAAGGAAAUUUAUUCAUGGAAAGAUGGAUACUCUCUCACUCAACAACAAGAACACAUUCAACAACUCAUCAUGCAACAAGAAUUAUUGAAGCAACAAGAAGAAGAAAAGAAGAAAGAAAUUGACAAUUUCUUACUGGAAUGGGAUUUCAAUCAAUGGUUAACAGAAAAUCCUCUCAACGUUGCUGCCCUUGUUGGAAAUAAUGAUCUCUCUGCCUCAUUAUCCCACUCUCAUGGAAAUCAUCUUUCAGAUGAUAUCAAGAAGGCCUAUCGAAAAACCAUUUCCAUUGCUCGAAAUUCAUCGAAAAGAUCUUCUCAACACAUGAAACAUCUUCAAAAAGUUUCAGAUUCAUUUGCUGGAACACUUUCUGCUAAAACGUCACCCAGUAAGUCUCCUCCUCCCAUUAAAAGUCCACUUUCUCCUCAAAUGGGUCAACAUUGGAAUCGAGAUAGCAUGAGCAGCACGAACGAUGAUAAUUACAUAACAGCAUCCUUUGCUCCUGGCUCAAUAUUUGAUAAUAUUAACAUUGCUCAGGCAUCCAAGCAACUUUUCACUGAAGAAGGAAAUGAAACCACCAUGCAAUCAAAACCACCGACAACAUCUCAAUCUUCGCGACUUUCAAAGAGAAGACCUAGCUCUGAUCCACUCAAAUCAUUGGUGAAGGAAGAGCUCGACAAGCAAGAAAAACAAUACAACAUGAAACAAAUACGAAAGAAUGUAGGACACUUGAGCAUUAAUUUUUCGAGCACGAGCGGAAAGAGCAAUUUACUGAUUGAUCGAUCGUUUGUGGAAGAAAGAAUUCCUCCCAAACACUUGCUUACCAUUGCUGAAUAUUAUGCAUCACUUGAUUCGAAUCAAAACUAG